AUGCAGGAUGCCAUACUGCAAAUUACCAACUCAAGGGCUUACUGCACAUGUGCUAGCUAGCUCCCAAUGCAUGCAGCUACUAAGAAUGUAUAGGCCUUCAGUUUACCUGCUUGCUCUGCUAGUAGCAGCCUCAUCUAGACCACCACUAGACAAUGCUACUGCGGCUGUGUUCUUGGACCCAGCACAACUCUCUACCACCAACACCACCAUACACCUCUACUACUUGCCUAUAACGUGGGAGGGCAACCACCCUGAAGAUGCCUACCAGUCUCUCCAGUGUGAUGUACCAUGCUCCUAUGCCGGUGGGCUAGAGGCUGAGAUUAUGCUACAAGCCGACGCUGUAUUGUUUCAUUUACCAAUGUAUUCAAGUGGCCCUGAUGCCAUCACACAGCACAUAGGGAUUAGCAGGAGACUAUACACUGUGGCUAUUUCCAUGGAGCCUUCAGGUUUCUACCCAUCACAGUUUGACAAUGUAUCUAGCUUUGAUUUCGAGAUGAGCUUCCGGAUAUCUAGUGAUAUUCCAACAGUGUAUUUUGGAUUUUGGAUGGACCUGUUGGCACCUCUGUCAGAUCACCCCUGGGAGAAUAGAGAGCCUGCUAUCGUGUUCCUAGCCAGUCACUGUGCUUCGAAUAGCGGACGCGAGAAACUUGUGCAAAUGCUUCAGGAACAUGUGAGAGUUGACUCUUUGUCAAAUUGUAUGAAUAAUCAUGAUUGGCCCACUGGUAUAGAUCGCUCUGAUAAGCUCUCUCUCCUGCGUGGUUAUAUGGUGUACCUAGCAGCUGAGAAUAAUGUUGAACCUGACUAUGUAAGCGAGAAAGUGUACGAUGGAUUAAUUGCAGGGGCAGUACCAAUCUACCUCGGGGCACCAAAUAUCAAUCAUUUUGUACCAAAGAAUUCUGUUAUUUCAAUUCCUCGUAACUUCACAAGUGCAGACGUUGCUCAAGUUGUUGAAGUUGUAAAAAAAAUUUUCGCCGAUAAAAGGGAAUAUGAAAAAUGGACUUCUUUCAAACAACAGCCUUAUUCUGAUGAUUUUAUGAGACGAUUUAACUUCACGCAUACGGAUCCAAAAUGUCGUCUUUGCCGAAGGAUAUUUGCUGACAGAUACGGAUACGAGUGGAACAAAGAAAAGCAAACGUUUGGUCAUUAGAUGUAGUUAGUCUCUCUUGUACAUGUACAUUUUGUUUAUAAUGUAGUUUGUGUGUUGAAACAAAAAUUAAUAUCAAUCCA